CUGACAUUUUCCCAUCCUAAAGGCACAGACAACAAAAGAAAUUGUACUUAGGGCAAAACAAGAGUCCUUAAGCUGCACAGAUGCUUGCCAGGAUGUCUAAUCUCCAUAUUCUGCUGUUUAUGGUUCUGGUGGGAAAGACAGCCAUUGGGUUCUCCCUGAUGUCUUUACUCAUAGACCCAGACCCAGAUUGGACCCCCGACUACUACGAGGAUAGUUAUGAGUAUCACAACCAAGAAGAGGACGUCAAUAGAUCUGCUGCCUACCCAGAGAAUCCUGACUGGUACUACACGGAGGACGAUCCGUGCCAGUCCAACCCCUGUGAACAUGGUGGGGACUGCCUUGUCAGCGGGGAAAACUUCACGUGCAGCUGUCCGGUCCCUUUCUCUGGAAACAGAUGUCAGAAUGUGCAAAACAAGUGCAAGGAAAACCCAUGUGACCGGGGCGAAUGUCUCAUCACCCAGAGUCCUCCCUAUUACCACUGUGCCUGUAGACACCCUUACAAGGGUCCAGAUUGUUCCAGAGCGGUUCCUGUGUGCAGGCCAAAUCCCUGCCAAAAUGGUGGCACCUGCUCCCGGCAAAGGCGGAGAUCCAAGUUCACCUGUACCUGCCCUGACCAGUUCAAGGGAAAAUUCUGUGAAAUAGGUCCUGAUGACUGCUACGUUGGUGAUGGCUACUCUUACCGAGGCAAAGUGAGUAAGACCGUCAACCAACACUCAUGCCUUUACUGGAACUCCCACCUCCUCUUGCAAGAGAAUUACAAUAUAUUUAUGGAAGAUGCUGAGGCCCAUGGGAUUGGGGAGCACAACUUCUGCAGAAACCCUGAUGGAGACAAAAAGCCCUGGUGUUUCAUUAAAGCAAACAAUGCAAAGUUGAAAUGGGAGUACUGUGAUGUCUCAGCUUGCUCAGUCCUAGACAUUGCUGACCCAGAGGGAAGCCCCACAGAGCCUCUGACCAAGCUUCCAGGAUUUGACUCAUGUGGGAGGACGGAGAUGACAAAGAAGGUCAAGAGAAUUUAUGGAGGCUUUAAGAGCACAGCGGGCAAGCACCCGUGGCAGGCAUCCCUGCAGACCUCAUUGCCACUGACCGUCUCCAUGCCCCAGGGCCACUUCUGCGGGGGAGCGCUGAUUCACCCCUGCUGGGUGCUGACUGCUGCCCACUGCACCAACAUAAAAGCCAGACAUCUGACAGUGGUGUUAGGGGACCAGGACCUGAAGAAGACAGAAUUCCAUGAGCAGAGAUUCGGGGUGGAGAAGAUUUUCAAGUACAGCCUCUAUAAUGAAAAAGAAGAGAUUCCCCACAAUGAUAUUGCUCUGCUCAAGCUAAAGCCAGUGGAUGGUCACUGUGCUCUGGAAUCCAAAUAUGUGAAGACUGUAUGUUUGCCCAAUAGUGCCUUCCCCUCUGGGACCGAGUGCCACAUCUCUGGGUGGGGUGUGACAGAAACAGGGGAAGGAUCCCGCCAGCUCCUGGAUGCCAAGGUCAGGCUGAUUGCCAACACUUUGUGCAACUCCCGCCAACUCUAUGACCACAUGAUUGGUGACAGCAUGAUUUGUGCAGGAAACCUUCAGAAGCCUGGGCAAGACUCCUGCCAGGGAGACUCUGGAGGUCCUCUGACCUGUGAGAAGAAUGGCACCUACUACGUCUACGGCAUAGUGAGCUGGGGCCUGGAGUGUGGGAAGAAGCCAGGAGUCUAUACCCAAGUUGCCAAAUUCCUGAAUUGGAUCGAAGCCACCAUCCAAAAGGGGAGUAGCUUCUGAGGUGUCUUCUGAACCUGAGAGCCCAUUCUCCCGAGCCCCCAGACAAGGCAAGUCCUCAUGGGCAGCACCGGACACCCUGGGAGCCCCGGGGAGCCCCCCCUGCUCUAAGCAGAGACAACAGCUGCCAGCCUGGGGCAUCCCAGACCAACAUUUCCACCGCCUUAUCAGG